AAAUGUGCAUUUUCUGUCACCAUAAUGAUUUUCGAAAGAGUUACCCGUGAGAGCUCUUUGUCUCCAUACUGUCUUCCAGAGUUUCCUCAAAGCGCAGAAGGAGUCCAAGAAGUCAAAUGUGACGGUGACGAUGACGUACCUCGGGCAGGGUCUUCCUGGAAGCGCUCGGGAUGAGAUGAAAGUGCUUCAGCAGAUCUGUGGAGGAGAAAACAUCUGUGUGUUUAAAGGAUUCGUCCAACCCGGAGAGCAGUUUCAGUUCACAUCUCAGAGACACCUGGGCUUCCCCUUCAGCGCUACUAUCUUUGUGAAUGGACUGAUGACCACGAGGAUCAGCUCCUGCUGCGAGUACAGAUACGCUCCUGGCUUUCAGCAAGGCCGCAGGAGCUGCUUCAGACUGACACGACUAAAUGGAGGAAAACCCUGCUACAAGUGUGUGAAUUCUAGGCAUGGAAUUGGCGCCCCUGCGAUCAAUCGUGCAGCUCCAACCUCGACACGAGCCGUCAAUUCCAAUGAAGGUGUGUGUUGAUGCAAUACUGUUGAUUUUCUCUCUGAUGUUUUUAAAGUAAUGAUUCAGGGUGCAAUAUUUCCUCAACGCUUCAAGGUAAUCAAUGGUGCACCAGCCAUAUGGCGGCACAUAUGGCAGGGUUGAGUCGGGUCAGUAGCUGGAUGGGAGACCACCUGAGAAAAGUAGAGCUGUGUUCAAAAUCACCUGAUACCCUUGUUCAUCAUCACCAACAUUAGUCUAGUAAUAUAGUCCACUCAAAAUAGAGAAUGGAAAUGAGACACUGAAUUAAUAGUUUGUGCUUGCUGUUUCAUAAAGUGUAUAGCUGAUAAUGAUGUGGAUAGAUUUAAAGAGAUCCCUGCAGGCACAGGACGUCAUAUUGACGUUGUACCCCCAUCGUGAUGGGGACAUUGGAUUUUGUUUGGAAAUGAAAAUCAGGUUGACGUCAAAACGUAGCGUCAGGCCAAUGUCCAACCUAAAGUCAACCAAAUAUCAACAUCUAAUCAUGUUACACCUUGACAUUUUGUGGACAAUACCACUAUGACCUCUACCAGAUGUUAGAUUUUGGUCACUUUCCAACAAAACCUAAAAUCAACCAAAUAUCAAUGUAAUUGGACAUCAUUUUUGGACAUCAUAAUAAUGUUUUCCUUAGAUGCUGGUGUAACAGAGGCCAGCU